AAUGGUAUCAGGAUCAGUUUCGAUUACUCCUACCAAACUUAGGUAAGAAACUUUUAAAGAACUUCAGAAGUACAACGCACAUAGGAACUAAGACCAAGAUUUCAUCUUACGUUAGUUGAAUGAAGCCUGGUUGUUUAGUGCUGAAAUUUUGGGAUGCGGACCAAGAGACCUCACAUUGGUUGGUUGGAUGGUUGGAGUGCGUGUGAGAUCUAAUAUUUGGUAAGUAGAAUAAAAUAUUUUUUAUUAGGAUAUGGAAACCUCUCCUUAACAUAUGCAUUUAGAACCAUGAAGCUGACUGUCAUACGUAACGGGUCGUAGUGGUGGGCUUGGAUUUUUCUCUCUAACAGACAAAUUUUAAAAUCAUGAGACUGACAGUGAUACAUAACGGGUCGUAAUGGAGGGCUUGGAUUUUCUCUCCCUAAUAGACAUAACAACGAUACGUAAUGGGUCGAACCAAACAAUAUCUGUUAGCAUUAGGCUUGUAUUAGAGUCAGUCACUAGAUGGUGCGAGACACUAGUCGGAGGAGGGCUAAACCCGCUUUGUAGUAGACGCAUUUUAAAACUCUGAGAGAAAGCUCGAAAGAGGACAAUAUAAGCUCAAAGAGGACAAUAUCUACUAGUACCGUGUGUUUGAACGGAUACAAUGUGGUUGAGUUUUAAAGUAUUGGUGAGAAGAAAAAGAGGAAGGGAAAGAAAGGCACGUGUAAGAAGAAGAUAGGAGAGACAGGAAAGAAAGUUAAGCAAUUGGAGGGAUGAUAUGGGAGGUUCAUAUAUCUGCCAGUAUGAGCAUGCAAGGAAUGGGAGAAAAGUGACAAAGUUGCAUCAGAUUGGCGGUGGGGAACACCCAUUUACUUACACCCUCUGCCCCCUUUUACUCCCAUAACCAUUUAUAGAUAAAAAAAACACCAUUCCAACAAAUUUCUAGUACUCCCAUAGUACCCUGCUACCACCCACUUGCAUUACAGCCUCAAGAACACAAACCCAAAGUUCUAGAACAAAAUGAAACAAAGCCAGAUCUAAGUGAUAUCUAUGAUACAUAACUUAUCUCUAAAUUGAUAUCAUUUUUUGAACUGAUGAACCCAAGUUUGGACUCAAAGCACAGACAGACAGACACACACAAUGGAUGGAUUGGGAAAUGGAAUCAUUCUCUCUCUCUCUCUCUGUCUUAUCUCUUCUGUUCCCAAGCCCAUGCAUCCAUCUUUGCCACCAAAGCACUUCAUUUAAUAAUUAUUUAUUAUGCAACUUUGCACAUUUUCCAACUCUCCUUUUAGAAUUUAGCUUCUUACUUCAAACUGCCUCUUGCUGCAGCCUUCUUAUACUCUUCACUCUUCCAUUUCUCUUUAUAAUUCCCACUUCUUCUUCUUUCUUUGUUUGUUUCAAGCUUUUUGUUUCAGCCCAUAUGGAAGAUGAAGAACAGCCUUUACAUGUUGCUGAAUCCAGCAGUGUUGAAAUGGAAGAAACCCCAUCAAGAAUCUUCCCUUGUUUGUUCUGUUCAAGGAAGUUUCAAACCUCUCAAGCUUUAGGAGGCCAUCAAAAUGCUCACAAGAAAGAGCGCACUGCCGUGAGGAAGGCCAAGCGGAUAUCUGAUUACUCGUCGUCGUCAACGUCGUCACGGCCAUUGUCGGUAUUUGCAGGCAGCCAACAGCUUCAUCAUCCAGCUAUAUUGCCACAUCCAAUGUACAUUGCAGCUCAUGGAGCUAAUCUUCAUUGUUUCCCCAAUAGCCAACAAGUGUUCUAUGAUGGCUUGGGAGUUGUUCCCAAGUUUGAGGACAUGGUUUACUAUGGUGGGGUUUGUUCAUACAAUAGAUAUCAAUGUGGGGAAGAUGAAGAACAUGUGUUGAAUUGGCAGAGAAGCAUAAAGAAAGACAAGGAAAAAGAACAAAAACUUGAUCUUUCUCUUCAUUUAUAGAACCUGCCUUGUUGUGUUUUUUUUUUCUGCAUUAGAGCUGCCUUUUACAAAGUUUUGAUCA